CGAGCCUGCGCGAUGGUUUCUCAGGGGAUUCAGAUCAGCGGCAUGCUGCUGGCCGUGGGGGGCUGGCUGCUGGACGUGAUAGUGUGCGCCUUGCCCAUGUGGAAGGUCUCCGCCUUUGUGGGGGCCAACAUCAUCACGGCUCAGACCGUCUGGCAGGGCAUGUGGAUGAACUGCGUGGUGCAGAGCACGGGGCAGAUGCAGUGCAAAGUCUACGACUCGGUGCUGGCUCUGCCGCAGGACCUGCAGGCGGCUCGCGCCAUGAUAAUUAUCUCCAUCCUGCUGGGGAUCUUCGGGCUGGUUUUCUCCAUCGCUGGUGGGAAGUGCACAAACUGCAUCGAGCACGAGAAGUCCAAAUCCAAGGCCUCCAUCGUGGCGGGGGUGAUGUUCAUCCUGUCGGGCGUCCUCUGCCUCAUCCCCGUCUCUUGGUCCGCCAAUUCGGUGAUCAACGACUUCUACAACCCCAUGAUGUUUGAAGCUCAGAGGUUCGAGAUGGGGGCUGCUCUGUACAUCGGCUGGGCCGCCGCGGCGCUGCUGCUGAUGGGAGGGGUGCUUCUGUGCUGGAACUUCCCGCCUAAAUACGAACAGCCCCGAUACGUGCCCAAGUUCACGCCAGUGAAGUCCGCCUCCACAUCCAGGGAAUAUGUCUGAGAGGUUCCUGUACGGACUCUGAAGAAACGAUCCUCCAAAUGCGCUGAAGCUUCAUCCUUCAGACGCUGAAAUUCUGUAUGAAAAUUGUUGCUUUCUUUCGGUCAAAACGCAGAAACAGAGACUGAAUUUUAUUUUCACAGUAGUGAAAUCCAUCCAGGGAGCUCCCCGCACUCGUUGUGGAAACCUUUUUACUUGUGUUUUAGUGCCUGAUGUUAAGAAUGUUCUUUAUACUGAUUUUCUUUGGCCAAAAAGUCUAGUUUAGUCACUUUGAUUUCAUUUGCUUGAGAUUUUGCACUUUUAGUUGUUUUCCAGAGAUUCCUGGAAAUGAAGACGAAAAGUUUGUCUUUCCGAUCCUCGUGGGAAGCUGGAACCGUUGCUUGAGGGUCAUGACCUUUGAACGCAGGAAAUCAGUGUACGCCUCUAAUGUAUUCUUCAUGGAAUCAAGUUUUUAAAAACUCUAAUGUAAUUUUUUUGUUGUUUUAUGCCUCUGUACUUUGCAACUGUGAAUUAAACUGAAGUCAAACAUGGCAAAGGA